UCUCCGAAGGACCUGAGAGCGUUCCCCUUUCCAGGCUCCAGGCCAUCAUGAAGACUCUUCUCGUCGCCUCCUUGCUGGGGGCCGUGCUGUGCGGAGAGACAGUGCUUUCCCUUCAGUGCUACAAAUGUGAAGAUCAGUCUUCCAACUCCAACUCUAUAGAAUCGGUGAAGUGUGCAGAAACAGACAAAUUCUGUGUCUCAACCAUCAUCACGGUAGGGAAAGGGGAGAACGCUGAACGCCAGUUCACCAAGGGGUGUUCUCCGAAUUGCACUGAACGGGAAGUGGACACCGGUGUAGCAACGGUUACUUCUAAGUGUUGCACUUUUUCCUUUUGUAACAAAUAGAGGCUGUCGUUGG